AUGUGCAACCCAAUCCAUUACAACACAACUCGGUACAACCCUGCUCAAUACAACCCAGCCCAAAACAACCUAGCACUGUACAAUGCAGCCCUAUACAACCCAGCCCUGUGCAACACAGCCUUCUACAUCCCAGAGCAGUACAACCCAGCCCUGUGCAACACAGCUGAGUACAGCACGAGCCCUGUUCAACCCAGCCCAUACAACUCAGGCCUGUACAAUGCAGCCCUGUACAGCUCAGUCCAGUACAACCCAACCCAGUACGACCCAGCCCAGUAUGACACAGCCCAGUAUGACCCAGCUCAGUACAGCCCAGCUCAGUACAACCCAGCCCAGUACGACCCAGCCCAGUACCACCCAGCCCAGUACGACCCAGCUCAGUACAAACCAGCUCUUACAACCUGGCUCAGUACAACCCAGGCCGGCCUGUGCAACACAGCCUUCUACAACCGAGCCCAGUACAACCCAGCCAUGUACAACCCAAUCCAUUACAACCCAACUCGGUACAAACCUGCUCAAUACAACCCAGCCCAAAACAACCUAGCACUGUACAAUGCAGCCCUAUACAACCCAGCCCUGUGCAACACAGCCUUCUACAUCCCAGAGCAGUGCAACCCAGCCCUGUGCAACACAGCUGUGUACAACACGAGCCCUGUUCAACCCAGCCCACCCAGCUCAGUACAACCCAGGCCAGUACAACCCAGCCCAGGACAACUCAGCCCUGUACAAACCAGCCCAUUACAACCCCAACCUGUACAACACAGCCCUCUACAACACCUCCCUGUACAAAUCAGCCCUGUACAACCCAGUCCAAUACAACCCAGCCCUGUCCAACGCAGCCCUGUACAACACAGCUCUAUACAACACCAGCCCUGUUCAACCCAGCCCUGUACAACCCGGCCUAAUGCAACCCAGGCCUGUGCAACACAGCCUUCUACAACCGAGCCCAGUACAACCCAGCCAUUUCAAACCAGCCCUGUAGAAACCUGACCUGUACAACCCAGCCCAGUACAACCCAGU